CUGCCCAUGUUGACUCCACUCCACAAACUUUGCCGCAAACUUCCUGCUUUCACAAGCUAGAUAAAUACACGUUACACUACUCACAAACUUGUACUACUCCAACCUUUUCACCCUUUUCACCCUCUCUCUCUCUCUCUCUCUCUAAAGCACCAAGAAAUGGAGAUCUUCGGCACCAAAUUCCACAGCACGGGGGACAGAUACUGGAGACGAAAGAGAUACCAAAAGCUACAAGACGGCGCCGUCGGCAGAAACAAGAACAUCCGCAUCGCCAGGCUCGGCGACAACAACAACAAAAACAACGGUAGUGGAGGUAAUAAGUUGGUGUGGAGGAUCAAGGUGGUGCCGAAGCUGCGGCUGAGAGUGGCGGCGGCGAAGCUGAGGAACAGGUACAUGGACAUGAUGGUGAGGCUGGCGGGGAGCGUGGGGUUCUUGAAUACCCACAUGGUGUUUGGGAACAGGAGGAUUCCCAAGGCGCGGCAGGUCCGGAUGUCUUGUACCGACGAGGAGUUCCAGAACAGGAUCAUUUACGAGAUGUUCAAGAACAUUUCCGCAGCUCAUGAAUUAACUCCCAUGUAGUAAAGUAGGUCCGGUUUUCUUUCAUUUGUCCUUUCCCACUUGUUCCUUUUAUUCGUUUCAUGGUGACAAUCAAAAGUUUGGUUAAUCGCAACGGUUAAAGAACAAGGGCAAUCGUAAAAUCUCGUCUCUUGUUAUAUAUUGUUCGAUUGAUCAUGGUAUCAGAGCUGUGCGGCGCUAAGCCCCAACACCUCGUUCACCGCGUGCCCCACAUGAGUCUCAACGGUGAAGAUCUCAAAGGCACACCGUCUGGCGCUGCUUUAGUUAAGGUUGAUGAGGGAAUCGCUUUCUUCUUUUCGAUCAGUUGUCGAUGUCUGAUGGCCGUGGAAAAUUUGUUAGUUGGAGAUGUCCUCACGGCGCAGCAUCUAACUAUGGCGAGUGGGUCGUGGACAUGAAGGAUGCACUCAUCGUCAAGAAUAAAUAUUGUCUCGUCGA